ACAAGCACUUCACAAUCUCCCCUUGUUCCUCCACUUUGGGCAUUUCAAGCAAGGCUCUCUUGGCAAGCGGCCGUGUGAGUCAGCACCCGGACUCAGUUGCAGAGCUCCGUUAGAUUUGUCGGCAUCGGAUUUCCAGAAACUCAAAACUUUUAACAUUCCAAGUCUUUUUCGUCAUUUUAUUUUCGGUUCUCUGAACAAAGAAAACUGUUCUUCAUUUUUUUUCUGUAAUUUUUUUGUUUUUACAAUUAGCUCUCCAUACUGAGAGCAUCACAUAUUUUUGGAUUCUGCUCAGUGACUGUUUAGACAAUGAAGUGCUUUGCUGCUCUGAGCUUGUGGAGAGGCAUUGCUGUGGUUUUGGCCAUUGUAAUGUUCUCUGUGAGCAGUGCCUCAGAGUAUGAGUACCUGAGCUGGAAGUCGGACCUGUACAACAGCGGGCGCAUCUAUGACAAGCCGCCUGAGUGUGUGGACAUCCCUGAAGACCUGAAACUCUGCCACAACGUUGGCUACGACCAGAUGCUGCUGCCCAAUUUGCUGGAGCACGAGACCAUGUCUGAGGUGAAACAACAGGCUGGGAGCUGGGUGCCUUUAGUGCACAAAAACUGCCACCCCAGCACCCAAGUCUUUCUCUGUUCCCUGUUUGCCCCUGUGUGCAUGGAGAGGCCCAUCUACCCUUGUCGCUGGCUGUGCGAGAACGUGCGAGAUGCCUGCACCCCAAUCAUGGAGUCAUUUGGCUUCCCCUGGCCCGAGAUGCUCACCUGUGACAAGUUCCCCUUGGGCGACGUGUGUAUCAGCACUCCCAAUGCUACAGAAGCCUCAAAGCCUUUAGGUUUCUCUCCUGUCUGCCCUCCCUGUGACGACGAGAUGAAGGCAGAUGCCAUUUUGGACCACUUGUGUGCUAGUGAAUUUGCCAUCAAGACCAAAAUCAAGGAGGUCAAAAGGGAACAAAUGGACCGAAAAGUGAUCCUGCAGAAGAGGAAGAAGGUACUGAAACGAACCACCCUUAAGAAUAAGGACUUAAAGAAACUCGUGCUGUACCUGAAGAAUGGAGCAGACUGCCCGUGUCAGCAGCUGGACAACCUGGGAAGCACGUAUCUGAUCAUGGGCCGUAAGGUGGACAAGCAGUACCUCCUGACGGGCAUUCACAAAUGGGACAAAUCCAGCAAGGAGUUCAAAAAGACCAUGAAGAAACUCAAGACCCACAAAUGCCCAGCUUUUGAGAAUGUUUUCAAAUAAUCUUUUUUUUGUUUUGUUUUGUUUUGUUUUGUUUCUUUUGCAUCUCAUUAUACACAUGAACUUGCACAACCAAGCAACCCAGAAUAUUGCCUAUAUUUUCAUUGUUUAUAUAAAUAUAUAUAUUUCUAUGUGCAUUUACAGAUUUACCAUUGUAGUGAGUCCCUCACUGUUUUUGCCAUGGGGCUCUGCUGGUGUAUAACUGGUGACUUUGAAAGAAAGAAAAUGGAUUAGGUUCCUGAAGUAUCAAACAUAAUAGAUCACUUAUGUACAUAACCACAUACAUGUCCAGAGAAUGUUAUAAGAAGAGAGCCAUCACCACAGAAUCUUGAUUUCUCUUACAAUUUUUCCUUGAGGCAUCAACUGAUCGUCAUGGUCACCAGAAGUGGAAUGGAAUGGUAUAGGUCAUUGCACAUACACACAGACAUUUAUAUUAGUUCCAUUUUUCAAUAACAUAUCACUGUUACUUAAGACUCUGUUACAUAAAACAUACAUGCAAGUUGAGGUGAUAACAAUGUUGUAAACAUGCUCUGAAUUACUGUUCUCUGUGAAGUAGUCUCAAGGAAGUCCAUCUUUCCAUUGAUGUUAUUGUGGGUUUAUGAUAGCUCAUAUUUUAGGGUAAAUCAAAUUAGACCAAACACACAUGAUAUAUUUCUUUAUUUCAUUUUUUAGAUUUAGCACAUCUGAUAAAAGAGCUCCAGCAAGCAAUCAAAUAAUGAAUACUGCAGUAGUGUGCAUUCACAUUCUUGAAACAGGUCAGUUGAAUAUUAAGCAGAUCUUUUUUUUACCUUCACUUUCAGUAUAAGCCCAUACAUAGUUUGUUUGAUAGCUGGUCUGGAAAGUGAAUGUCAGAUAUGCCAGUUUCAUUCCUUGGCCACAUUCAGUGUUGUGUGAACAUUACUCGAGACAUCACAAAUGUACCGAUGUGCAUAUACUGUCUUACGGCACUCAAACAUGUCUGUACAGUCUAAAUGUUAAAUCUCUUUCCAAGAUUAAACCAUCUUCCUGUAGCCUUAAAUGUAA